AUGGCGGACAACGACGAUGACGAUAUCUUCAAUGAGGACCACAGCAGCUCCUCCCCUGCACCUGCUCCAAUGCCCACUCCGCAGCCGAGGGCUGCGCCAGCCCCUGCGCCACAACGCUCGGUAUCGCCUGCGCGGUCAGCGUCUGGAGUGUGCACCCUUACGAUGGGCGCCCAUUCGGGGCAGCCCACAAUGGCCGCUCCGGGCACUUCUGACUUCAAGGAGGGCGAUUGGAUUUGCGCCCGCUGUGGCGAUCACCAGUUCGCGCGGAACCCCGGCUGCCGCCGCUGCGGCGCCGCCCGGCCGACGGCCGUGCCCUCCGCCGAGGCAGUCCCGCCGGUACCGCCGAUCCCCAUGCCGGUGCAGCAGAUGAGCCCACAGAAUGCCUGGGCCAACUACGGAGGAGCUCUUGCGCCCGCUCUUCCUCGUCACGCACCGAGUUACAAACCCAAAUAUCCCAGCGAUCCCAACGUCAAGCUCCGCCGCGCAGUGAUGAAUGAUGAUCGGGAAGCAUUCUUACAAGCGCUGAACUGCGGUGGGAGUGACGAGGGUCGGGACGGCGCCGGCAAGUGCGUCUUGCAUUACGCCGCCCGGGGGGGGCCAGCUGUGGUUCCUACACCAAUGCUUAGAACGAGGCUUCGACCCCAAUGCCAAAGACCUCUAUGGCACCACCGUGGUCGAUGA